AUGCUGGAAAACUGGGGUGCUCAGGAUGGCGAUGCAGCAUGGGGUGAUGAUGACGGCGAGGACAUGGAAGAGGACGCUGAAGUCACUGCCUCAAGCUCGCGGAUCGUCAAAACGGCAGGCAUGGUUACUUCUCGCUGCAAAUUGGCGACGUUGUUGGCAAAAUCGAUGCAGAACGAAGAAUGUAGCGACCACUCGGCCUCGCGCUUUGCUGACGUGGCGGCAUAUAUGCAGUCGCUUUCUGCGUCCUCAGUGGACGUCGAAAUGAGCACGCUGUGUAUGGGCGACUUUGAUGAGGAGGGCAAAGAAGCGUUGGCUUAUUUUCUGAACUUCCUGCACGAGGAGAUGCGUACGCGUUGUAACUUUCGGGUGCUUCAAGCCUACCUGAAUCGAUUCUUGAAACUGCACGAGGAACUAUUGGUGGCGGACCCGGUGCUGUUGGCCUCGGCAGAUAAACUGGGAGCUGUGCAGCAGCAACAGUGGCAGGACUUUUUUUGCAGAAGCUAUUGCACAAAUAAUUAG